AUGAUAUCAUACCACUCCUGCACGUGUUCUGUAUCAGCAAAGAUGGUCCGAUACGCCGCUGUUCCUAAUAAUCCUUCGAAGUCCGCAAAAUCCCGCGGGUCUUUCCUCCGUGUUUCCUUCAAGAACACUCGCGAGACCGCCCAGGCCAUCAACCGCAUGAAGCUUUCUCGGGCUAUUGCUUACUUGGAGAACGUUAAGGGUCACAGGGAGGCUGUUCCUAUGAGGCGAUAUGCUGGAUCGACUGGAAGAUGCGCCCAAGGAAAACAAUUCGGGGUUUCCCGCGCUCGUUGGCCCGAGAAGUCUGCCGAGUUCCUCCUUGGUCUUCUCCGCAACGCAGAGGCCAACGCCGACACCAAGGGCCUCGAUAAUUCUAACCUUAUCAUCUCCCACAUUCAAGUCAACCAAGCUCCUAAGCAACGCAGAAGGACAUACCGUGCCCAUGGCCGUAUCAAUCCGUACAUGUCAAACCCCUGCCACAUUGAGGUCAUUGUCUCCGAAGCCGACGAAGCCGUCGCCAAGGCUCCAGAGAACAAGCUCGUUAAGCUGAGUGCCAAGCAGAGGGGAAGGUCUUUAGCUGAGCAGAGACGUAUCGCUGCCUAACUCUGUUGGCCUACCGGAUUACAGGGGGUUUCUGGGUGAUGGAGGGUGUAUGAAAAUAAAUUCAAGGGUUUUCUAUAACUCGUA